CUUCUACAGUCCCUGUACGUACGUGACGCCUGCUACUGCUUGCAGAUGAAACAACUCACUGCUCUGACUGCUCCUUCAAGCCGUCGACACCCGAAACCUCGAAGAAUCCGUCCACGAAACGUCCCACGCAAGGACCGACUGAAGAACAAGAAAAAGAUCACGCAUCUGCAUGUGAUACGUAUGAUGCAUCGUCACCAUAAUUGGUACGGAUCCUUUCCCCUCGGUUGGUCUCUGUCUAUUCUGGCCGAGUAUUCCCUCGCAGGCAGCCGUGGUGUGUUGCAACAGCAGCAGCUACCAACAGCAACACACAGCUUCCUCUUGACUCUGACUUGACAUGAUAACAAAGCCAGCCGCCAGCCACACACACAUCAUUCACCAAGUAUCUUUCCUCCUUACCUCCCAUCUUUCCAUCCCCAAAAUCUCCAGCACUUAAGUUCAUCUUCUUCCUUCCUCCUUCCUAGGGUUUCUUCAUUCUUCACUUCAUCUGAUAAACUCUUCAGCUCUUUGUUUUCUGAUCAACGCACGAAAAGACCACUAUGGAGAGCUUCGUAGAUCUUGGUAGAGGAGGCAGCAGUUCCUCCAAGGCUUCCUUUUUGCAGCUUCCGCUGCCGGCUUCGGCGUCGGCACAGGUGAUUCCGCCGCCAGAUGCGCAGCAGCACAGCUCGCGCCUCGCGUUGCAACAGUUACUUGCCGACCCAUCGUCCACGCAGCAUAGCCGCCAGAAGGACGGGGCAAUGGUACAGGAGGAGAUCUCGCCGGCGGAUGCCGAGACCAUCAAGGCCAAGAUCAUGUCGCACCCUCAGUACUCGGCUCUCCUCGCCGCCUACUUGGACUGCCAAAAGGUUGGGGCGCCGCCGGAUGUGUCGGAUAGGCUCUCGGCCAUGGCAGCGAAGCUGGACACGCAGCCGAGGCAAGACCGGCGGCGGCAUGAGCCGCCGCGUGCUGACCCGGAGCUCGACCAGUUCAUGGAGGUUUAUUGCAACAUGCUGGUGAAGUAUCAGGAAGAGCUGGCACGGCCGAUCCAGGAAGCGGAGGAGUUCUUUAAGAGCGUCAAGAGGCUGCUCGAUUCCAUCACUGACAGUAAUUGUGAAGGCGCCGGCCCGUCUGAGGAUGACCAAGACACGAGCUGUCCUGAAGAGAUCGAUCCCUGCGCCGAGGACAGGGAGCUCAAGCACCAGCUUCUGAGGAAGUACGGCGGUUACGUGGGCGGUCUACGGCAGGAGUUUAACAAAAGGAAGAAGAAAGGGAAGCUACCCAAGGAGGCCAGGCAGAAGCUGCUGCACUGGUGGGAGCUGCACUACAACUGGCCCUAUCCUUCUGAGACGGAGAAGAUCGCGCUGGCAGAGACCACAGGGCUGGACCAGAAGCAGAUCAACAACUGGUUCAUCAACCAGAGGAAGCGGCACUGGAAGCCGACAUCGGAGGACAUGCCGUUCGCGAUGAUGGAGGGCGGCUUCCACGUCCCGCAGGGCGCCGCGGCGCUGUACAUGGACAGGACCUACAUGGCGGACGGCAUGUACCGGCUGGGGUCGUGACUCGUGGGGGAGUGUGUCUCGCAAGUGUUGGGACGUCCAGCAAAGUUGCCGAUGCGUCGUGUGGUUACUGUGUACUGUGGAAUGGCAGUGACAUGGUAAAAGCUUAAAGGUCGCUGAACUGUUGAUUGUCACUAUUGUUCUUGGGUAAACAUACAGUUUCAGUUUGAUACUGCAUAUUGCUCGAUCUGGAGUAAAUCUGCAAUGUAGGCAACCAGGCAUCAUUUUUUCUAAAAAAAAAUUGUGGAAUACAAAGUUGGUACGUUAUCAGCUCGUGCCCUGGUAAACUGGUGGAGAACGAGUUGUAUAUUUGU